AUGCAAACAACACCUGUAUCGGAAGUACCAGACCCUACUGACUGUUUAAGAUUGACACCGGUUAACUUGAAAACUUUAAGAUCACCUCUAAAGCAAGGUCAGAUGAAUAUUGAGACAAAUGACAGCUUAUACAAAGAAAACUUUAAUCUUAUAUCCCGACAACUACAAAACCUAUUGAGUGAACUUGAUGUGAUAUAUCGAGAGGUUGGAUACUCGAAUAUAGAGAUAUCAAGGAAGGAGAAACAGAUUUUCCACAAUCUAUCAAAUUCGAUUUCGAAGUUCUUCGAUGAGGCUAAUGCGGAACGAGAUAUGCUUACAAAAGAAUAUCAGGUUGGUCAACAUAGCCUACAGUGUAUGCUUAAUGCCAUCAAUGAUCCGAAAGGAGUAUAUACGAUACCCGAUCUGUUUAUGAGAAACAGUGUACUGGAGACAUCUGCUCAAGCAAUUAUAGAUGACAACUGUUCAAGUCCUCAAAGAACAUCAGCCUCACUACUUAACAAAUUGAAAACGCUCAAUAAUGUGAAAGUUUUUGUUAUGAACGCUUAUUUACCUAAGUUUAUGGAUCAUUUAUCCACUGUCAUGAAACUACGACAUUUGAUGGAUAAAGUCCCCGAUAUGGAAGAUCAAAUUCUACCUGCCAACCUAGCUCUUCCAACUGCAGCUUUGUGCGAUGAUUUCAAUACCAGAAUACGAACCUGUAAAGGAGAUAUGCAGUCGUUGUUCAAAUUCUUCCAGGAAGAAGAAAAAGCGGUGUUUUAUCAGUCAUUCUUUUCUAACCUUACGUCUAAUUGUAUCCACACAUUGGAAACCUUAAUAAAAAACUACCAGGAGGAAUACAAUAGACGGCUUGAAACUUAUAAGGAAUUAUUGAACAACCUCUUACAAAUUGCUGACGAUUUGUGCAUUGAUAUCCGUUCAGAACUUCCAAAUGAACUACAUAUUGAAAUUUCAGAAGAUGCUAAACCGACUAUUACGUGGCAUGCUAUCGAAUCAUUACAAAAGUCAUUGAAGAAAUGCGAAUACCAACGACAAAAUCGAUUGAAGGAAAGAACUGAACUUUUGAGAAAGUGCCAAGUUUUAUGGACGAAAUUGAAAGUUCCAGAACAACAACAACAGAAAUUCAUAGAGAAUAAUUCUGAUUUAUCAAUGCGUUCAUUAGAAAAUUUAGCAAAUGAGUUACUUAAGCUGGAAGAGAUGAAGAAGAAGUUGAUAAAAAAACUAAUACAAGAGUCUUGGGAGAAGAUAAAAGAAUACUACAAAGCAAUGUCAUUUACUAUGGAAGAACAAGAGGAAUUCCUUACUUCAUUUGAUAAUAUGUCCAAAGAAUCACAAUCGUUAGAAGAUGAUGAGCAUCUUUUGGAGUAUUGUGAAUCUCAGAUCGAGGAUCUUAAGAAAAAGAUGGAUAUCUAUCAGCCUAUCUGGAAAUUGAUUGAGAGUUUUGAUUCUUUACAGAAAGACAAAAUCAGAUUAGAUGAAAGUACAAAAGACUCUUCGAGGCUUCUCGCAAGAAACUCUCACAAGAUCCUACUUGAGGAAGAAAGAACAAGAAAACGUAUAUCAAGGCAUUUUCCAACCAUUGUCCAAGACCUAAAAGAAAAAUUACUUCAAUUUCAAGACGUGUUUGGAAAGCCUUUCCUUCUCAACGGCGAGUACUUUUUAGAUGUUGUGAUACAGCAGGAAGCUGAGUUAUUGAGCAAGUAUCCUAAAAGCAGAAUAAAUAUGAAACCGCCUUCUGUUAAACAAGACGAAAUCAAGAAAGUAGUACCUAAAACUCCAAAAGCAAGUCGUGUAGCUGGUUCUACACGCCUUGUAAAGUCUGUGGACAAGAAUAAGAUAUCAAAGCCGGUUUUCACCCCUCGAAGCAGGAUCACAAUAGAAAGUACCAAAAAAACAAAUGUACUUCUUCCACCUCCUCACAUAUCGGUCAAAAAAGAUCUUUCACGUAUACCAACGCUAGAUACUCGUAUCGGCUCUUUGAAUUGUAGGGAAAAACGAAAAAGUAUAGUAAAACCGAAACAAUUAGCACCAAUUUCGAGCAACCUUUUGAAUAUCCUGAAAUCAACUGAAAAGACACACCAACCUCUCGCAAAGUUAGGAGAUUGUUCAUUGAACAGUUUUGAACGAAACAAUAUGAACGUAAAAGAUGCAAAUGGUGCAAGAUAUAUGGCUACAAAAUUGCCAAGUAGCCCAAUAAAAGAACCUCUUGGGUCAGUGUAUUCAAUAAUUAAAUCCCCUGAAGGUAAACUCAAAUUAAAUGUGUGCAGUAAUAACGGAGCCAAUAAUACUAAUAACGGUGACUCGAGCUUUUUGAAUGACGAUAAUUUCAUUGAAUGGAAGCAAUCUCAAUUAGCCAAACUCAACAAUGCAAAUGAUGAGAACAUAGAUUGGGAUAGUAGUGCUUUUUGA